AUGAGAUAUAAUAUAAACGGGCUGUUGAAAUACCAACUGUUUUGCGCUCUGUUCUGUCGUUGGAAUCUAGCUUCUGGGCAGAUUCGUUACUCUGUUCCCGAGGAAUUACAACUGGGUGCCUUUGUUGGAAAUAUCGCAAUUGAUUUGGAGUUAGAUUUAAAGCAGCUGCCAUCUCGCAGAUUGCGGGUGGCGCCCAGCCCGAGGAAGCAGUAUGUUGAGGUAAAUUUGGAGAAUGGGAUUUUAUUUGUGAAUGAAAGAAUCGAUCGGGAACAACUUUGCGGACCGAGCAACGAUUGCAUUUUAUCCUUGAAUGUUGUACUUGAAAAUCCACUCGGUCUGUAUCAGGUGGAAGUGGAGAUUAUCGAUGUAAAUGACAACGCUCCCAGUUUCCCUGAAAGCCACAUGCGCCUGGAAAUCUCAGAAAUUAUGGCACCGGGAGCGCGAUUCCCCCUCGAGGCCGCUCACGAUCCUGAUAUUGGAACUAACUCCUUGCAAACAUACCAGCUCCUUUCCAAUCGAUAUUUUAUUCUUGAUGUACAGGAGCGCAGUGGGAAAGGGAAGCUACCGGUGUUGAUGUUGCAGAGCCCUUUAGACAGAGAAACAGUAACCAGUCUCCAGUUAACGCUUUUAGCCGAAGACGGCGGAGUUCCGAUGAAAUCGGGCAAGGCCGAGAUAACAAUCAUAGUGCAGGAUGCGAAUGACAACUCUCCUGUUUUUUCGCGGUCCGUUUAUACCGUGAGUCUGUUGGAAACGGCUCCAUUAGGAUCCCUCAUCAUGACAGUAAACGCCACGGACUUGGAUGACGGACCAAAUGGAGAGAUCACGUAUUCCAUCAGCAGCCACAGUUCUAAAAAUAUUCCCGAAGUAUUUAGUGUCGAUUCAAAAACCGGAGAAAUCAGAUUGAAAGGACACUUGGACUAUGAACAAAAUAAUUUUUUUGAGAUUAAUAUACAAGCAGUCGAUAAUGGCCCUUACGCGAUACCACAGCACUGUGAUGUGCUGGUGAAUGUUGUCGAUGUGAAUGACAAUGCUCCUGACAUGAAGUUAACGUCUACGUUAAGUGCAGUGCCAGAGGAUACCUCAGUUGGGACAAUAGUGGCACUACUCAGCGUAAAUGACAAAGAUUCUGGACAAAAUGGGCGAGUGCAAUGCAAAAUAUCAAGCCAACUGCCGUUUAAAAUCGAAUCGUCUGUAGAAAACUUUUAUAGGCUGCUUAUACGGCAAUCGCUGGAUCGUGAAACUGCUUCCAGGUAUGACAUUACCAUAACAUGUACGGAUGCAGGGUAUCCUAAUCUAACGUCCACAGAAACGAUUCGAGUAGAUGUUACAGAUGUUAAUGACAACGCUCCGAGAUUUCUACAAGCAGUACACACUGCGCAUGUCAUGGAGAACAACGUUAUUGGGGCUUCUAUAUACUCGUUAACUGCUUUUGACUCCGACAUAGGACAGAACGCCCGUCUGAACUUUUCCAUCCUGCCAUCUCAUGUUCAGAAUUUCUCUAUUGACUCUUAUAUCUACAUCAACUCACAAAGUGGUGUCAUAUAUGCUCAGAAAUCUUUUGACUACGAGAAAUUAAAAAAAUUCAAAAUUUAUGUUCAGGUGCGGGAUUCUGGAACCCCGCCCCUCUGCAGCAACUCCUCUGUAGAUGUUGUUGUCCUUGAUCAGAACGACAACGCUCCAGUCAUCGUGUAUCCUUUGCCCCAAUAUGGGUCAACAGUAAUGGAGACGAUAUCCAGGUUUGCUGAACCUGGACACCUCGUUGUCCAGGUAUCUGCUACUGACGCCGAUGCCGGUCAGAAUGCUCGUCUAUUUUAUCAGAUUGUCCAAGCCACUCAUCGCAAUCUGUUCACAAUUUCAGCGGAUACAGGGGAAAUUUGGACUAUCCGCGGUAUUGAGAACAAGGAUGCCUCCAAACAAAGGCUGAUGAUUGUCGUGAAAGAUAAUGGAACGCCUUCGCUCUCUGCAACUGUAACCAUAUUAUUAUCUGUGAAAGGGGGCCAAACGAUGUCCAGUGCAACCAGUUUACCUAAAAAGGACGAUUUUGCGCCCGAUUUGAACUUCUCCUUGGUCAUCGCCUUAGGAACAACUUCUCUGAUUUUCCUAAUUAUUUUGGUUAUCCUAGCGUUUAAGGUUCAUAAAACAAGAAACGGUGCUGGAUGUCGAUACAGUUCUCUGACUACCUGUUGCUGUUUGGAAUCAAGGAAUUCUGUGAAUGGAAUUCAAAAGGCCAGCAGGAGCCUUCAGAUACCACCGAACUACGUUGAGGUAUUCGGAGGUGAUCCACUUUCCCAGAGUUUCCGUUACAAGUCGUGUUCAACGUUGCAGUCUGUGAAGAGAGACCUCGCGAUCCCGCAAACUUGCGGGUUGUCUACAGAUAUGCGUUACAACCAGCGGAAGUUUGUUGCGAAAGAGAAUGCAGGAAUGAUAAAGCCAGAGGAGAGCAAUUACAAUGUAAGCACUGAGGUGAGGAGUUACUGA